AUCCUCGUAUGACACGGCACUUGGAGGCGCAUGUAAGCCAAUCAACCUCCCAUGCACCCGCCCAGGCGGCUUCGUCGGAACCAUGCGGCUGCUGAAGACAAGACGCGAGGGCAAGAGAUGAAAACUUGGAUAGAGAUAGUGGGUGGAUGGAUGUAAGGCAUGGGCUCUCGAAACGUGCUCUCGGCGACCCGAGCCCGUCAAUCAAUCACUCAAUCAAACGCAAUGCGAGACAAUCAUCCCGGGCCACCCGACGACCACGGCGUCAGCGCUUCGCCUCAUUGCGUGAGGAUACAAUCGCCAACCAGGAUGGCUAUUCGCCGCUGGGAUGAUGAAAAAUCUCAUCGCCAUGGCAUGAUGCUGCAUGCUCGUGUGAGAUGCCCCACUGCGAUUGAAUUUACUCCCCAUAACACAACCCAAUCUCACGAUGGCAUCAACUCGCCGAAUCUUGGUGUCACCUCAACCUUUGACCUCAGCUCCCCACCCGCCUGCAGAACCACCUCCGCCUCUCAGCUCUCAGUCCCCUGGAUACGUGUUAGCUUGGCCCUGUCAAUGUCGUCACUCCAAUCGGCCGAUCCGUCUCCGGGCUCCAUCUGUUCUCUAUCGCUCCACGCCUAAAACCGAAAUGAAGCUUGGCUUUUGCUGGCGUCCUCAAGCUUUGGGGCAAGCGUAGUUGAGGACGACAGGGGGGAAGCUGAGAAAGAAAAAAAAAAUUCCCAGCCGGCGGCCUGAAAGCCUGU